AUGGGUCACAGCCAUGACCUUGACCCGUCUCUGUUUACAGAAUAUGCUACUACUAGUGAACCCAUUGGAACCAUUAUGACAUUGCACAUUAUAUUUAUGAUUGCAGCAUUCGGUAUCCUCUAUCCUCUUGGAAUGGUUUUAGGUCUGGCCAAGAAUAAAUGGCAUGUUCCUGUUCAGAUUCUCGGAACUACAUUCUUUAUAAUUGGAUAUUUCUUGGCACAUGCCCACAAUGGCCGUAAUUAUGAGCCUCACAUUGCUCAUCGGUGGUUUGCAGACAUCGUUAUCACUGCUGUGGUAGUUCAGCUCGGUGUGGGUGCUUAUCUUAAAUGUCAUUUGGAACGCGGACUUUUGGGCCGUAUUCGGCCGGUACUGGUCAAGGCGCACAAAAUACUUGGCGCGUUUAUUCCUGUGAUUGGUUAUGUCCAAAUUGUAUUGGGUGUUAUUGCAGUACUCGGAUUUUGUUAUGCCGACCACACUGGCCAAUGCUUAGCCCAUUUUAUUAUGGGAUCCUCGUUUAUGGCUUAUGGUAUCCUCCUCCUUCUUUCUCUUAGAGUGGGCGCACCUUGGUUAUUACGCAGAAAUAAGAGUCAGGAAUGGUAUGACAGUUGGGUCAUUACUCUGUGGGGUAUUGUCAAUACAUUCACUGAGCACAGAUGGGGUUCAGCAUGGAACCAUGGAGACUAUCAGCACACGUCGAUGGGUAUUAUUUGGUGGAUGGCAGGCAUGGUCGGAAUUGUUCUGAGCCGCAAUGGAAAGAGAUCCGUUAUUCCUUCCGUAAUCAUCAUUCUUACAGCAGUAGCCUUCCAAGGCCACGCACAACAUGUAGCUAACAGCGGUGCUAUUCAUUCUUACUUUGGAUAUCUGUUGAUGGCCGGAGGUCUUAGUCGCAUUAUUGAGAUUUGCUUUGUGUGGAAAGAAGGUGAUUUCAGUGUCUCCCCAUGGCAAUAUCUUCCCCCUUUGAACUUGAUUUUAGCUGGUGUGCUUUUUAUGGGAUCCACAGAAGAACAACUUGGAUACUUGGCAGUAAUUGAUGUUGACAUCAGCUCCUAUAGUAAUGCAAUUCUCUCCCUUGGAUUUGUCAUGUUCUUUGCAGCAGUUCUCUUGAUCACCCUGUGGGAG